GACUCCACUGCGUUAAACAACAAAACGGGGAAUUCGACUCGGCGGCUCUUCUUCCUUAGAGUAGGUCCGAAGGAGAGACAGAGAAGGAUGACGAUCCAGAGCAACGGCCACUCGGAGAAUCCCAUCAAGAUCCCGAAAAUCAAGUUCACGAAGCUGUUCAUCAACGGGGAAUUCGUCGACUCCAUUUCAGGAAAAACGUUUGAGACGAUUGAUCCGCGAAACGGCGAAGUAAUAGCUCGGGUUGCAGAAGGAGACAAAGCAGACGUGGACCUGGCGGUCAAGGUUGCCAGAGAAGCUUUCGACCAAGGACAAUGGCCUCGAAUGACUGGCUUCGAAAGGGGAAGGAUAAUGAUGAAAUUUGCAGACUUAAUAGAUGAAAGUAUAGAAGAAUUGGCUGCCAUUGAUGCCAUAGAUGCUGGGAAGUUGUUUACUUCAGGGAAGGCCGUAGACAUCCCAUCAGUAGCAAAUAUGAUUCGUUAUUAUGCAGGCGCCGCAGAUAAAAUCCAUGGUCAGAUGUUGAAGAUGUCAAGGCCGUUUCAAGCCUACACACUGCGUGAGCCCAUUGGUGUUGUAGGUCAUAUCAUCCCAUGGAACUUUCCCUCUACCAUGUUCUUCAUGAAGGUUGCCCCUGCCUUGGCGGCCGGGUGCACUAUGAUAGUCAAGCCUGCCGAACAGACACCACUUUCAGCUUUGUACUAUGCCCAUCUUGCUAAGCUGGCAGGAAUACCCGAUGGAGUACUCAAUGUUGUUACUGGAUAUGGCUCCACGGCUGGUGCUGCCAUUAGUUCUCAUAUGGACAUUGAUAUGGUUAGUUUUACAGGGUCCACAGAAGUUGGACGGUUAGUUAUGCAGGCUGCGGCACAAAGCAAUUUAAAGCCUGUUUCACUUGAACUGGGUGGGAAAUCUCCACUUAUAAUUUUUAAUGAUGCUGAUGUGGACUCAGCUGUUAAUCUUGCUCUCCUCGGCAUUCUUUAUAACAAGGGAGAAAUUUGUGUAGCGGGUUCUCGUGUUUAUGUUCAGGAAGGGAUUUAUGAUGAAUUUGUGAGGAAGGCAGCAGCAAAGGCAAAAACUUGGGUGGUUGGGGAUCCAUUUGAUCCUCGUUCUCAGCAGGGACCUCAGGUUGAUAAGACACAAUUUGAUAAAAUCCUUUCCUAUAUUGAGCAUGGCAAGAGGGAGGGAGCCACCUUGUUGACUGGCGGUAAACCCUGCUGUGAGAAGGGCUACUAUAUUGAGCCCACAAUCUUCACAGACGUCAAGGAGGAUAUGCUGGUAGUAAAGGAUGAAAUAUUUGGACCUGUGAUGUCUCUCAUGAAGUUCGAGAGUGUUGAGGAAGCAAUUGAGAGAGCCAACAACACAAGAUAUGGCCUGGCGGCAGGAAUUGUGACCAAGGACUUGAAUCUGGCCAACAGGGUCUCAAGAUCGAUUCGUGCUGGCAUCAUUUGGAUCAAUUGCUACUUUGCCUUUGACAAUGAUUGUCCUUAUGGUGGGUAUAAGAUGAGUGGGUUUGGAAGGGACAACGGAUUAAACAGCCUUGACAAGUAUCUCCAAGUGAAGUCUGUUGUAACCCCCAUCCAUAAUUCUCCAUGGCUCUAAAUCUGUACUUCUAUGAAAUAUUAAUUAAAGCUAGAUGAAUAAAAAAAAUUGUAAGUGCCAUUUACAGGAAAUGAAUCAAAUCUUUGUGUCUUGUCACUUUACUA